AUGGUUCACAUCAACAUGUUCGGCACGGGGCGCACGCUCCAGGCCGCUAUCUGGGCUGCUUGUGGCAUGGCCUUUAUCCUCUUCGGCUACGACCAAGGCGUCUUCUCCGGAAUCGUCGAGAACGAAAACUUCCUGGAGCACAUGAACCACCCUAAUGACAGUCUUAUGGGCAUCAUAGUCUCGAUCUACAACCUUGGCUGUUUUACCGGCUGUGUCAUAAAUUUUUGCGUUGCUGAUAAACUCGGGCGACGGCGCGCGAUGUGGGUGGCCAUGGUUUGGGUUAUUAUUGGAGCAACCCUCCAAACAUCAGCAUAUAGCGUCCCCCACAUGAUGGUCGGUCGAUUCGUCGCAGGUAUCGGGACAGGCAUUGAAACAUCGACUGUCCCCAUGUGGCAGGCCGAGCUCUGCGAGGCGUCGAAGCGCGGAAAACUGGUUUGCAGUGAGCCGUUGCUUGUAGGUGUUGGCAUCGUCAUCAGUUACUUCUUCGAUUUUGGAAUGAGCUUUGUCGGCGGGCAAAUUGCAUGGAGACUCCCGAUCGCCUGCCAGAUGCUGUUUGCAUUUUUCGUUAUUUUCCUUGUCUUCGGAGUCCCCGAGUCUCCACGAUACUGCUACCAAAAAGGACGCAACGAUGAAGCACUUCAGAUUCUAAGCGACGUUUACGGUAGGCCAAAGGAUGACCCGCAAAUCCAGGCCGAACAAACCGAGAUUCUCGACGCCCUUGCCAUCGAGCUAAAGCACGGCGAGUACAAGUGGAGGAACGUCCUCAAGAGGGACCAGGUUUCAACCGGGCACAGAGUUCUCCUCGGUUAUGGUAUGCAAUUCAUGAAUCAAGUCGGCGGUAUCAAUCUUAUCGUAUACUUCAUCCCCACUGUUCUCAGCAAGAACGUCGGCCUGAGUCAUAAUCUCUCCAUGAUCAUUGGCGGCUGCGUUCAGAUCAUGUUCGUUCUCGGCAGCUUCUUCCCGACUUUCUUCGUCGAUAGGGUUGGCCGCCGCGCACCCAUGAUGUGGGGUUCUUUUACGCUUGGGAUCUGCAUGAUGAUGGUUUCGAUUCUUCUCAGCUUCAAGGGCAAGGAAAACGAGCAUUCAACGUCCUCGGCCUCUAUUGCCUUUUUCUUCGUCUACAUGUUCGCUUUUGGAGCAUCUGUAAAUUGUAUCCCGUGGGUAUACGUGCCGGAGAUUUUACCGCUCCAUGCACGCGCGAAGGGGACGGCCGUGGGAAUUUCGUCCAACUGGAUUUGGAACUUCUUCGUCGUCAUGAUCACACCAGUAAUCAUCAACCGUCUUCAGUGGAAGGCAUACCUCAUUUUCAUGUGCACCAAUAUCGCUUUUGUCCCGCUCGUAUAUUUCUGCUACCCUGAGACGGCCAAUUUCACCCUCGAGGAGAUCGACUAUCUCUUCACCAAUCGGGAACAGAGCGCUGUGGAACUCUCAAAGGAAAUCCACAAGGAGCGGAAGAAGUAUGGCUACGCUCGUCGCCUUACCGCCGAAACGACUGGUGUAUUCGGAACAAGCGCUCCGAAAGAUGAGCUAGCGGAGAAGUCGCCGACUGAUGAACAUGUUGAAAAGGCAGUAUAG